UAAUUAUAUUGAGUUAGUAUUUUUGGUACAAUUCUGUUGAAUGUCGGUCUGUGCGAACGUGCGGCACGAUGGGGAAGGGUUUCGACUAUAUCAAGGAUUUGGUGGUGAACUUCAAGUUGGAUUGGUGUUGCUGGGUGAUCCCUGUUAGGAUAGGACUCUUCAUUACUGGAUACUUUAACAUUAUUUUAGCGGUAACAUCUCUAGUGGGCAUAGCAGAUGAUAGUUUUGUGCCAAUCCUGGUACAAGUGCAGAUGACAAUACUCGAUGACAAAUCCACCAAACCCGCCCCCAUGAUAGCGUACUCCGUGGAGCUAGCGUUCAACGUAAUACUACUAUGUGCUUUGUAUCGGAAAGACAUGACGCUGAUGCGCGUCUACAUGAAGUACUGCAUCGCAGCGAUCAUCACUUCCAUCAUGUUCUACUCCAUGGUGGUCGCUGCCAUCGGCGUCGUCGUCACCAUCGCUAUGGUUCUCAGCAUAUUGUUCCAAAUAUACGUCUUGAUACUGGUACGAAGUAUCCUGGUAGAAAUGCGGCUAGAACUGAAGGCUGCAGCGGAACCUACGCUGGUGAUGAGCACGUUACUCCAGGAGGAACAAGAGAGGGCGGAGAAAGAGAAAACGGAAGCAGACGUUGAAGCACCACCACCGCCAGCUGAAUCCGAAGAACAGGUGGAAAGGAGACCAGAAACUGCACUCGAAACAGUUGACGAACACCCCAGGGAAGAGACGACUCAACAAAGAGAAUAAACGCU